UUGUCCGCUCUGAGUCGCCGUCCGCAGCUGGGGGACGCUCGGAGCAAGCAGGAUGUCGCGCGGCAGCAUUGAGAUCCCUCUCCGGGACACGGACGAGGUCAUCGAGCUCGACUUCGAUCAGUUACCGGAGGGAGAUGAAGUGAUCAGCAUCCUCAAGCAGGAGCACACGCAGCUGCACAUAUGGAUCGCUUUAGCGUUGGAAUACUACAAGCAGGGGAAGACGGAGGAUUUCGUGAAGCUGCUGGAAGCGGCUCGCAUCGAUGGAAACUUAGAUUAUCGGGACCACGAAAAAGACCAGAUGACCUGUCUGGACACGCUGGCCGCCUAUUAUGUGCAGCAGGCCCGCAAGGAAAAGAACAAGGACAACAAGAAAGAGUUGAUCACGCAGGCCACGCUGCUGUACACGAUGGCCGAUAAAAUCAUCAUGUAUGACCAGAACCACUUGCUGGGGAGAGCCUGCUUCUGUCUGCUGGAAGGAGACAAGAUGGACCAGGCCGACGCUCAGUUCCAUUUUGUGCUCAACCAGUCGCCAAAUAACAUUCCAGCUCUGCUCGGCAAAGCCUGUAUUUCCUUUAACAAGAAGGACUACAGAGGGGCUCUGGCCUACUACAAGAAAGCCCUGCGGACCAACCCAGGCUGUCCGGCGGGGGUCAGGUUAGGUAUGGGUCACUGCUUUGUGAAGCUGAACAAGCUGGAUAAAGCCCGCCUGGCGUUUGGACGAGCCCUGGACCUGAACCCCACGUGUGUUGGUGCCUUGGUCGGUUUGGCCGUCCUGGAGCUUAACAACAAAGAGGCCGACUCGAUUAAAAAUGGUGUCCAGUUACUGUCCAAAGCCUACACGAUAGACCCAAGCAACCCCAUGGUCCUGAACCAUUUGGCUAAUCACUUCUUCUUCAAGAAGGAUUACAGCAAAGUGCAGCACCUCGCCCUCCACGCGUUUCACAAUACCGAGGUGGAAGCCAUGCAGGCGGAAAGCUGCUACCAGCUGGCCCGCUCCUUCCACGUGCAGGAGGACUAUGACCAGGCCUUUCAGUAUUACUACCAGGCUACGCAGUUCGCUGCCGCCUCGUUUGUCCUCCCGUUCUUUGGUUUGGGCCAAAUGUACAUUUACAGAGGUGACAAGGAGAAUGCUGCUCAGUGCUUUGAGAAGGUGCUAAAGGCUUAUCCCAACAACUACGAGACCAUGAAGAUCCUGGGAUCUCUGUACGCGGCAUCGGACGACCAGGAAAAACGGGACAUUGCAAAGAGCCACUUGAAGAAGGUGACGGAGCAGUACCCGGAUGACGUGGAGGCCUGGAUAGAAUUGGCCCAGAUCCUAGAACAGACGGAUAUUCAGAAUGCCUUGUCCGCCUAUGGCACGGCCACCCGCAUCCUGCAGGAGAAGGUCCAGGCUGACGUCCCUCCGGAGAUCCUUAAUAAUGUGGGCGCUCUUCAUUUUCGGCUGGGAAACUUGGGAGAGGCGAAGAAAUACUUUGUGGCGUCUCUGGAUCGCGCCAAGGCUGAGGCGGAGCACGACGAGCAUUAUUACAAUGCCAUCUCAGUCACCACUACCUAUAACCUGGCGCGGCUGUACGAGUCCCUGUGUGAAUUCCACGAGUCCGAGAAGCUCUAUAAGAAUAUUCUGAGGGAGCAUCCAAAUUACGUGGAUUGCUAUUUACGUCUUGGUGCCAUGGCCAGAGACAAAGGAAACUUCUACGAGGCCUCCGACUGGUUUAAAGAAGCUCUUCAGAUCAAUCAGGAUCACCCGGAUGCCUGGUCUUUGAUUGGGAACCUGCAUUUGGCGAAACAGGAAUGGGGUCCGGGCCAGAAGAAGUUUGAGCGAAUUUUAAAGCAGCCUUCAACUCAGAACGACACGUAUUCCAUGCUGGCCCUGGGCAACGUGUGGCUGCAGACGCUGCACCAGCCCACACGCGAUCGGGAGAAGGAAAAACGUCAUCAGGACCGAGCGCUGGCCAUUUAUAAACAGGUCCUGAGGAACGAUCCCAAGAAUCUGUACGCAGCAAACGGCAUCGGGGCUGUUUUGGCUCAUAAGGGGUACGUGAGAGAGGCACGUGACGUGUUUGCCCAGGUCAGAGAAGCCACUGCCGAUAUCAGCGAUGUUUGGCUGAAUCUUGCGCACAUCUACGUGGAGCAGAAACAAUACAUCAGCGCCGUUCAGAUGUAUGAAAACUGUCUACGGAAGUUCUACAAACACCAGAACACCGAGGUUCUCCUGUACCUGGCCCGGGCGCUCUUCAAAUGCGGGAAGCUGCAGGAGUGCAAGCAGAUUCUGCUCAAGGCACGUCACGUGGCUCCCAAUGAUUCCGUCCUGAUGUUUAAUGUGGCUUUAGUCCUUCAGCGACUGGCAACGUCCGUGUUGAAGGAUGAGAAGAGUAACCUGAAGGAGGUACUGAAUGCGGUGAAGGAGCUGGAGUUGGCUCAUAGAUACUUCAAUUACUUGAGCAAAGUCGGAGAUAAGAUGAGAUUUGAUUUGGCCCUGGCAGCCACGGAAGCCAGGCAAUGCUCCGAUCUCCUGAGUCAGGCUCAGUACCACGUAGCCCGCGCUCGCAAACAGGACGAGGAGGAGAAGGAGCUCCGCGCCAAGCAGGAGCAAGAGAAAGAACUUCUGCGCCAGAAGCUGCUGAAAGAGCAGGAAGAGAAGCGUCUCAGGGAAAUCGAGGAGCAGAAGAAGCUGCUGGAGCAGAGAGCUCAGUUCGUGGAGAAAACCAAAAAUAUCCUGACGUUUUCCGGGGAGAUGGAUACCCCCAAAGAGAAGAAGCGCGGAGGGGGCGGCGGACGGAAAUCGAAAAAAACUGGUGAAUUUGACGAGUUUGUUAAUGAUAACUCCGACGAGGAACUGCUUCCCAGAAAGAAAAAGAAAAAGCGAGCCAACAGCAGCGAUCACGAGGGAGGAGAGGAAAGAGAGGGAGACAAGAAGAAGAGGAAGCGGAAGCGCAGACCCCAGGCAGGCGAGGGAUCUGAUGAUGAUGAUGAGCAAGCGCCGCAAGCCAAGAAACGCCAGCCUAAAAAGAAACAAAUGGCCAUCAAACAGGACCGUACCCCACCGUCCAUGCGAGGGAAGAUCAAAUCUAAAGCCAUCAUAUCCUCCAGCGAUGACUCCUCUGAUGAAGACAAACUCAAGAUUGCAGAUGAAGGGAACGCUAGGAACAGCAACAGCGACUCGGAUGACGGCCCAAGGAGACCGAAGAAGAAAAUCAUGUCUGACAGCGAUUCCGACAAUGCAAACAAAUCCGGCAGCGAGGCCGGGAGCCACGGCCGGUCCCAACAGUCUGACGACUCCGAUGAUAACAACUGGGCGAGGAAGAGAAAGCGGUCCGACUCGGGAUCGGAUGCCGGCUCCGUGCAGUCCCGGAGAAGCCGUUCCGGGGGGUCGGACAAUGAAUCCCCCGCUGCUUCCGACAGAGGAUCGGAUAACGAAGGUUCGGGCAGAGCCUCCGGAAACGAAUCCGAACGAGAAAUGUCUAAUAACGACCGUGGGUCUGACGACAGCGACUAACCGUCAGAACGCUUGCUGUGCUUUUGUACUUAUUGUAAAUAUUUUUCACCGUCAUCCAAAAAACAGAA